UCAAGCACUGGUUUGUUUACGUUCAGUUUGUUGUUUCUUGUUCAUUUUUAAACUACAAUUAAAAAUAAACAAGUAAGUUUAGUGGAUGUGAUUUCUGUUGGAUGAUUUCUGUGGCAGGUAAAUCUGGGUCACGCCUGAUGUGUCGAGUCAGUGAAAAGUAAAUUCUUGUUUCUGCUAGCCGUCUGGAAGUUAUCGGAUAUUGCCGGGAUAUUAAAGGUAAACACAGCGAGGUUCCAGAGCAGAUCUUUCAAUCCAUGUGGAUUAGCAGCAGGACAGACAGACGAGAGAACAGACGACCUAACAGACGAGUGAACACACCUGAACUGACUCAGCUUGUGACGCAGGGCAGGGACAUGCGCAAUGUGGUCUUUCAUCUGCUUCUCCACGCGGCACUGGCCUUAGCGUACACACACAACAUCCCCAUAGGUAUUAUCGUAGACUCAUCAGAGAGUGACGUCAUCAAAAUGCUGGAGCAGGUGAUCCACCUGUACAACACCAGAGACCCGCUCAGUGCCAGACUACACCUGCAGGCGUCUUGGUUCAAGACAAGCAUGGACAACAACUGUGAUCUAAUUAAAGCAAUAUGCAAACGUCUAGACCAGGGCGUGGUCCUGCUGCUGGGGUCGUCGACGUCCCGCACCUACAACAUCAUCCAGUCGUACAGCCACGCCCUGCAGGUCCCCUACAUCGUGUACUCACAGACCAUCAACAACGAGAACGAUGGCUACGAUUACGACAUCAGCCUCAGUCCAGGCUACGUCAACGCCGUAGCUGACGUCAUCAAGUUUUUCAACUGGCAUAAAGUCUACUACGUCUUUGAUUCAGAUGACGCCCUAUGGGAGCUACAACGCCUCCACGACUCCUUCAGACGACCAGAGAAGGGAAUCGUGAUCGACGCCAGACGUGUACGGAACCUGACGUCUGCCCACGACUUCCUCCGGCAACUGGACCGGUUCUCCAGCCCGGCUAGCACCAAGAGGAUCGUGCUCAACCUCUCGACCCGGGAGGCGUUUCAGGCCAUCCUCAACCAGAUCGUGGACGUCGGGAUGAACCGUGAGAACUACCACUACCUGUUGUCUGGGCCAUACAUCGACUCCUUGAACUUGCACUCGUUCCUGUAUGGAGGCGUCAACGUCACCGGCUUCCGGCUCCCGAUUGAUCCGGCACAGCCCUCGCCAGUCUCCAUAGACGCAGCCCUGGCAGGUGACAGUUAUCGUCUGGUGGUCCAAGCUCUCAAGGACCUGCUCCAGUCUAGCAGACUGACAGAGCUGUACAACAACAGGACGAGAGGAGCCCAGUGCUGGCGACAGCCGGCUGUACCCUGGCUGUACGGUCGUGAGAUUAGGGACGCUAUCCUAAAGACACAAGUAAAGGGCAUCACUGGACCUGUCAGGCUGAGCAAGAAAGGUCUGAGGGUGGACACACGACUGGACCUCAUGCACCUGCAAUACAGGACGCCCCUCAGGAAGGUGGGGGAGUGGGCACAGAAGGACGGCGUGCUCACCAACAUGACAAGGCCAAGGCCACUGCUCACCCUGGACUCCAACAGGACUAGGAUAGUCACCACUAUACUGGAAAACCCAUUUUUUAUGGAGACCUGCCCAGGGGGUGGCAUCCCAUGUCACCGAGAUGUCAAGUACGAGGGUUACUGCGUGGACUUGCUGGAGAGAAUCUCGCGCCACCUGAACUUUGAGUACACCUUCAAGCUGGUGGAGGACAAGAACUACGGCACUCGGCUACCAGAUGGCUCCUGGAACGGCAUGAUUGGUGAACUUCUGAAUGGGAAAGCGGACAUCGCUAUAGCCGCACUGACCAUCACAGAGGUCCGCGAGAGGUUUGUUGACUUUUCCAAGCCGUUCAUGAACCUCGGCACCUCUAUCAUGAUCAAAAAACCGGACAAGGAAAAGGGCGGCGUCUUUUCUUUCAAGAAUCCACUUUCUGACGGUGUUUGGGUGUCCAUUAUCUGCGGUUUUGUCGGGGUCAGCCUGGUGUUGUUCUUUGUUGGGAGGUUCAGCCCGUACGAGUGGGACCCCUCACAGCAUGCUAGGGGCGGGGAGCUCAGCAACAAGCCGGCCUUCAACUUGGUCAACACUCUCUGGUUCAGUCUCGGCGCGUUGAUGCAGCAAGGGUCAGACAUCUACCCCAGGUCAAUAUCAGGGCGGAUCGUUGGGUCGGCCUGGUGGUUCUUUACCCUCAUCAUCAUCUCCUCCUACACGGCCAACCUGGCAGCUUUCCUGACCAUCGAGAGGAUGGAGAUCCCCAUCAACUCGGCCGACGACCUGGCCAGGCAGACGGAGAUCAGGUACGGGAUCAUCGCCAACGGAUCGACGGAGGAGUUUUUCAAGGUUUCCAACGUGACCGUGUACAACAAGAUGUGGAGCUUCAUGCGAGACGCCGAGCCCUCGGUCUUUGUCAACACCACGCUAGGUGGGGUCAGCCGGGUCAGGGAGUCAAAGGGCAAGUACGCCUUCCUGCUGGACUCGACCUUCAACGAAUACCACAACCAGCGCAAGCCCUGCAACACCAUGAAGGUAGGCAGGGACCUAGACGUCAAGGGAUACGGGAUCGCGACCCCCAGGGGAUCAGACCUCAGGGCGGACAUCAACAUCGUGGUCCUCCAACUGAACGAGAUUGGUGAACUCCUCAAGCUCUACCAGAAGUGGUGGUACGACAAGGGGCAGUGUGCGGCAGAGUCCGGCAAGGAGAGUACCACCAGCGCCCUCUCUCUGAGCAACGUUUCCGGUAUCUUCCACAUCCUGAUUGGUGGCCUCGUUCUCGCCAUGCUGACCGCAUUCUUCGACUUUCUCAUCAAACAGAGGCUCAGGAGGAAGAAAAAUAUCAAAGUGGUACUCAAGACUUCCGCCAGCCAUCUUGACAUCGAUGAUCUGACACAGCGUCACUACCAUCGUCCACGUCACCGACGAAUGUCUGACGAAAAUGGCGAUUGCCGCUACGCUUCAUUGGACACGGCCAUUCCGCACGAACUGUCGCAGGAACUAGACCAGCAUAAAUGCAGACACCGUGAUGAAAUCUUGUGACGACAGUGUGACGAAAUCUUGUGACGACAGUGUGACGAAAUCUUGUGACGAC